AUGAAAUCGGCAUUGAUGAUGAUAUUGGCGUGUCUCCUUGCGGCAGCGGGAACAAGCAGCGUGGCUGCCUUGUUCAGCAUAAACUUGAGCUUGACUUUGGAUUUCUACGCCUCGACGUGCCCGGGCGCCGCUGCCAAGAUUAAAGAGAUGGUGGACGCGGCAGUGCAGACCGAGACUCGCAUGGGCGCAUCUCUCCUCCGCCUUCACUUCCACGACUGUUUCGGGUGUGAUGCGUCCGUGUUGUUGGAUGACGUGCUUCCGAGUUUCGUGGGAGAAAAGACGGCGCCUCCCAACGACAACUCGUUGAGGGGGUUUGAAGUGAUCAACAACAUCAAAACCGAAGUAGAGAAACUGUGCCCUGGAAAGGUCUCCUGUGCGGAUAUCUUGACGGUGGCUGCCCGAGACGCCGUUGUCGCUCUGGGAGGGCCGAGUUGGCAAGUUCCGUUGGGAAGGAAAGACUCCACCACCGCGAACUUCACAGACGCCCUCGUAAGCCUGCCCUCGCCAUUUCUAGACUUGAGCGACCUUGCUGAUGCCUUCGCAAGUAAAGGCUUCUCCACUCAAGAAAUGAUCACCCUCUCAGGAGCUCAUACGGUGGGGAAAGCUCGAUGCGGCCUAUUCCGGCAGCGUGCUCACAGCGAAGGCAACAUCGACCCGGCCUACGCGGCUUUCCUGCAGUCCAUCUGCCCCGGAACCGACGGAGUCGGAGACGACAAUCUGGCGCCGCUCGACAACUCCACCACCACCGACACCUUCGACAGAGGCUACUAUCUGAGCCUGGUGGGAAAGAAAGGGCUGUUGCACUCCGACCAGGCUCUGCUUCCUAAUGGAGGCUCCUCCAGCACCCAGAUUAACACCUACAAUAGCUUUUUGCUUGGUUCCGUUUCUUUCUUCACCGACUUCUCCAACGCCAUGGUCAAGAUGGGAAAACUCACUGGCCCGGCUGGCAACGUUGGUCAGAUCAGGACUGACUGCAGCAGAGUCAACUAA